CCUCUCUCUUUCAUCCCUCUAACCCUUUUCUCUCAUCUUUUAAUCCAUUUGCACAUAAUGUCUGUCACUGCUUCCACACCUGCCGCGCCAGCAACAACUCACAAGACUAGCCGUCACUUUGUCAAGAAGCCAAGCCAGGAUGAAAAGAAUGAAACCAUCAAAGAGAUUGAGGCCAACAUUGAAAAGAUCCGUCCUCGUCUGAAUGCUGUCCGUGAUGCCAUUGCCGGAUUGAAUGACAAGUCUGAUUCUGAUCCUAGAACUCCUCUUCGCAAACGUCUGAACGAGCUCCCCAAGCUCGAUCAGCUCACUGCCUUGGAGAACUCUUUGAAGAAGAAGAUCGCAGACUUGAAAGUCACUCAGGACAAGCUCCCUUUUAAGACCCAGGAAGCUGUUGAUGCUCAGAUUAUUAAGCUUGAAAAACAAGUCGAAUCUGGAUCACUCAAGUUGAUCCAGGCUGAAUUGGAUGAAAUCAAUAAAGUCAAGGAAGAAGGCAUGAAAAAGCGCAACGAUCUAUUUGAUGAACGCACCCGUCUACAGAAGGAGCUUGACGCUGAGUACCAACGCAAGAAGACUGUGAAUGAUGAGUACUUUGCUGCUCUCCGCGAGUAUCAGAAGUUCCAGCAAGAGGAGCAGGUUCGCAAGCGUGAAGAAGGAGAGCGCCUUGCCAUUGCCAAGGAGGAACGCGAGCUUGCAGAGAUUCCUGCUUACACUAAUGAAAUUACUCUUUGCGACAGUGUCUACAGAUACUUGCUCCAGUUCAGCAAUGACGAGAAACGCAUUGCUGAAGCGGCUGUUGCUGCUCCCUCUGAGGCUAGCACUCUCAAUAUUCGCCAGGCCGAUACUACCACUAAUGUUCCUAGCGGUGUGAUGCUCAAGAAAAAGGCUGACAAGGAAGAGGAAGUAUUCUUUGUUGGAAAAUCAAAGAAGAACAAGGGUCCUAAGGAGAAGAAAACCGAGAUCGUUGUUCCUACCUCGCCAGCUGACCUUGGAAAGACCUUGGAUGCUUUGACUGAGAAGAAAGAAUACUUCAAGGCCAACCAAGCAAAGGCAACUGAGGAGAAUAAGCGCAAGGCAGAGGAGCGUAUUGCUAAGUUGACCUCGUCUGACAAUACCGAGACCGAGGCUACUCCUGUGAAGGUUACCGAGAUUGAGGCUACUGCCUAAUAUCUUCGUGAUCGCGUCAAUUUUGAUCCGAAAUAGAGAAUUUAAAAGCCCAUGACCCGCGGCCACACAAUAGUAAUUUUUGAACAACUGGCAUUUAUCAUGAAUGUCACAAGAUCAGAUGGUUGCUGUUGCUGAUCUGUUAACGAGGAUAUCCUGAUUUAUCGUCAAAGGCAAAAAAUAUAAAUAUAAAAUACAUUACAGAAUAAAAUUUGUGUCAUUAGAAAUGGA